AUGUCUGCCCAUCUAAUGACUCAAACCAUCGCCACCACCACCUUUUCGUCCAAUAAUGACUUUGCAUCUAACGACAAUUUCGCCUACACCGUCAACUCGCCUACCAAUCCUUCCUCGGUCAACAACAACUCUUUAUACAUCAUGACGCGUAGGAAACUCAUCUUCGGUACAUGCAAAGGGUGCGGUAAACCGAAUGACAAGUUCAACAAGUGUAAUCCUUGUGAGGAUUGGAUCAAUCAACAAAUGGCUUAUCUAAAACAAAUGGAAAAUUUGGUUGAGACAAGAAGAUUGACAAUCUGCGAACAAAAGUUGAAGAUGUGCAAGAUAAGAAAAGAACGUGAUGACGGUGUUAACGUGAAGAAAGAUGAAUGUCAACAUACGACAACGUUAUAA